AUGACCACGCCUGCUAUUGGGGAAUCAACCGAAGCUCUGCAGCAACGAAGCCAACAAUACAAAGGCUUCAAUCCUAUUCAAUAUGCGUGGUUUGACAAUGAGGACAGCAAAAAAUGGUGGGAUCAAACGGCGCCGAUUCUUACACGGGUCUUUGAAGCAGCCAAAUAUGAUGUCCAACAGCAAUACCUCUACAUGACACUCUAUCGUACUUUUCUCAUUCCUUUCCUCGGCCCUCAUCCAGGUGAUUGGGGUUCAUUCAUCACGUAUUCCGGCAUCCCGGUCGAGUUCAGCAUCAAUUACCAGGACAACGGCCCACCAACCUGCCGGAUCGGUUGGGAGCCCGUGAGCCAUGCUUCAGGAACAGCCCAGGACCCCUUCAAUAACGGCACAGUGGCUGAGGCCAUGACGGCCAUUGGUCAGCUGAAAUUGAAAGGGCUCGAGACGGGGCUCUUCGAUCAUUUUGUCCAGACGUUGACCGUCAACUCGCAAGAUGGUGCCGGCGUCGAUGUGGCUCAGUUGCCCAUAUCCCGUUUCAGGAAUCAGGUUGCGUUUGGUUUGGACCUCAAAGGCGGAGGGGUUACCAUCAAAUGCUACAUAUAUCCAGCCCUUAAGGGCUUUGUAACGAAGAAGCCCUUCCGGGAGUUGCUGGAUCAUGCUAUCCAGACCAGCGAUGAUGUGAUGAACUGUGCCAAUUAUCUGAAGGGUGUCAGUGACUACUUAGAAGGAGCAGGUCUCUACAACCAGUACUCCUUCAUCGGCUUCGAUUUGGUCGACGGGUCGAAAUCUCGGCUCAAAGUGUACAACACCAUCCAAGACGUCACCUGGGCCAAGCUGGAGCAAAUCUGGACUCUAGGUGGAAGCUUUGCCCACGAUACCUCCAUUCAACGAGGCCUCGGGUUUGCUCGAGAGUUGUGGCAGCUCCUGACACUUCACCUUGACAAGAUGGCGGUCGGAAUCUGGAACUAUGAGCUUACUCCAGGGGGGAUGGUUCCGAACCCCAAGUGGUAUUUCAUUCUCACUGGACUGAAUGAUCUGGAGAAUGCACAGGCAAUUAUUAAGUUCUACCAGUCACUCGGGUGGCUCGAAUUGGCUGAAUCUUUCAUUUCGACCUUCCAGAGUUAUUUCCCGGAUUCUGACUUUUCUACAACUGACAAUCUCCUGCAAUACGUCUCUCUGGCCUAUUCGGAGAAAACGGGUGUUUAUUUCAGUGUAUACUAUCACUCAUCUCGUUAG